AAAAAAAAAAGAAAACAAAAACAGAGCAAAGAAUUAGGAAGCAUUUCAUUCUUAUAAGAAAAAAAAAUAUCAGGAGAGGACCGCGAAAAUGGAAGGCAGCGAAAGCGAAGCAAUUUUCGAUUCUCUGAAUCUAAAUCCCCAACUUUUCAUCAACGAAGCCCUAAACACCGUCGAUGAUCUCCUCAACGAUGCCUUCGAUUUCUAUCUCCAAGAAGCUUCCACACUCUUGAAAAUCGAAGGCACCGAACGCUCCCAAGAUCUCACCAAGGGAGUCAACUAUAUUCGCAAUAUGAUCCAAUCAAGUUUGGAUAAGCGGCUUGCUAUGUGGGAGAAGUACUGUCUUCGCCACUGCUUCACUGUUCCUGAAGGCUUUUCUUUAUCCAAGAAUGAUGAGUUACCUGGCAGUUGUUCGAUGGUUCAAGAUACUCUCUCUGAUCCAGAUGUGGAUGCAGAGUUGGAUUCAUUAAGGGAUAAACUUACAUUGGCUGGGGCAGAGUCCGAUAGGUUGAACAGUGAACUUAAGGAAUUGGAAAGACAGUCUGCUUUAAGUGGGCAAUAUACUGGACUAAUUAAUGAGGCAUUGCAGUUAUAUGAAGACACCUCUGCGCGUGACAUGUUCCGAGAAAUGGUGCAAACUGCAACAGAACUCCGUGUCAAAAUGCAGAAGCUAAAGACCAGACAGGUGGAAAGAAUGGAACAUGCACGAGCAGAGAGGAUAUGCAAUUCACUUACAGAUUACUUCACUGUGAAUCAAGAGAAGGGCCUGGCCAAUGCAAAGUUGGAUGAUCUUCAAGAAUUUCUAGCAGAACUGAAGAAGAUGUAAUAUGUCAUCAGUCUUGUUGCAUAGUUCGUUAUUGCUUUUCAGUUAAGUGUAACUCCUCUCUUUGUGCCCAUCUUCUUGUUUCUUUUUUUGAUGAAAGACUUUUGCUGCUUUUAUUGGUCUGGCUAUCUUUCUUUUACAUUACCUUUGCUGAAAGUCAUUCCUGAAAUUGUAAGCUAGUAGAUUUACAUUUUCAUUUGAUUUGGAUAAGCUUGUUUAUAAUCCAGAGUCAGUUCCAAACAUCUCAAGUUACCAUCUUAUAUCAAGGAGGAAAAGUGGGCAAAUGUAAAA